AAAUUAACAGACCAUGACACUAGACAAGUUUUAAAAAUUGUUAGAAAAAAUCCUAAAACAACCAUUAUUGAAGUAUGCAAUGAACUUAAGGAAUCAAACAUUAAAGUAAAAGAUAAUGCAACAUGUCAUAAAGUGGCAGCAGCAGAUAAAUGGAAAGAAGAAAAUCGUGUUGUAGUUCUCCCUUGGCCUGCUCAAAGUUUCUUUUUAGCUGGAGAAGCAGGUAGAACAAGAAGAUACACUGCUGAAACUAUGUUGGAAGAGUUGAACAUUAUGGUGGAAGAAGAAGGCCAGUUUGAUAAAAGCAAAGUCCUAAAACUCCAAACUAUAAAAUGCAAAAAGAACCUUGAAAGAAGUUG